CCCAGGCCCCGCCCACUUCCCCGGGUCCUUUGAUCACGCGCUGCGGGCUCUUCCGGGGCCGGGGAGCCAAGCGAGGGCGUUCCUGUCGGGGCUGCGGCGGCGGGAGGGAGCCCGGUGGAGGCGCCCUCCCAGGCACCACUGCCCAUGCUGACCACCGCGCGCUCCGCCUGCCGGUGUCAUGAGUAACACCACAGUGCCCAAUGCGCCCCAGGCCAACAGCGACUCCAUGGUGGGCUAUGUGUUGGGCCCUUUCUUCCUCAUCACCCUGGUCGGGGUGGUGGUGGCCGUGGUAAUGUAUGUCCAGAAGAGAAAACGGGUGGACCGGCUUCGCCACCACCUGCUCCCCAUGUACAGCUACGACCCGGCUGAGGAGCUGCACGAGGCUGAGCAGGAGCUCCUGUCGGACGUGGGAGACCCGAAGGUGGUGCACGGCUGGCAGAGUGGCUACCAGCACAAGCGGGUGCCCCUGCUGGAUGUCAAGACCUGACCUGAGCCCCCGGCCGGAGCCUCGGGGGUCCCGCAGUCUGCUUCCCCGCCCCCCCAACUCUGCUCGGCAGCCUCACCCUGCCCUCAGCCCUCACCCACCUCCCGGCACUAAUGGGGGCCUCCUCCCCGGGGCAGAGGCGGC